AUGUAUCAUUUGAUGCCGGUCAAAGUCCUGAAAGCUUCAUCACAAGUCGUUGCUGGUAUUAAAUAUAAGCUGAAUAUACAAGUCGCAAGAUCAAAAUGCAAAAAAAGCGCAGCGACAGCGAGCGUUGAUCUGAAAAGUUGCGAACGGCUUGAAGGACAUCCAGAUCAGGUGUGUUUUUCCAUUACGCUUUUUUACAUAAACAAGAAGGGACGCUUUAUAACGAGGCCAUGUCGCUCUGUGUUUAUCCGUAUGUCCGAUGAGAAUAUAUCGUUCUAUGCUUAUCCGUAUGUCCGAAUAAUUUAA